AUGGAGCCGGCCAGCGGCAGUGUCAAGAAGUUGGACAAGACGGCCCUUGAGGGGCUCGAUGCCCGCACCGAGAGCACGAAAGUGCCGGAAAGUGCCCUGGAGUCCCUGGAGGACCCGCAGGACCCGCCUUCAGAGAAUGAGACCUGCACAUCCACGAAAAGGUCCCAGAGCAAGCCCGAACAUGGACGCGGGCCCAAGCGAGAGGCCAAGCAGGCCAGGAAAGCAUUGAUCCACAAGGGCAUCCUCUCCAAGGCAGAGGCCGACCAGCUUGAUGCCCAGCAGAUCCUCGCCCUGAAGAAGAAGUACCGCCAGGGUAGCAGCAAGUUGUCGGAGGUUCUCUUGCAGCAGCUGGCGGAGAACCAGAAGGAGGACCUCUUCCAGAAGCUCUUCGGAGGGCAUCAAGAGUGCCCGGAGAUGAAGAUCCCGGAGAUCUCGGACGAGCAGGUGGCCCAGGCCGACAGGAUCCUCAUGGCCAAGUACAUCUACCAAAAGUGCCCCUUCUGCAAGAAGUAUGUGGACCAGAUGCACCUCCACAACAAGGACCACCGCCGGUACAUGAAGGAGCACCUCCAGUCCCACUAUCUGUUGACCGAUCCCAGCUUGAUGAAUACGGAGGAUGUGGAGCACUCGUUUCUUCGAGUUCGGCGAUUCGGAGGGGGCCUGAAGUCGCUUUCUCUCGCAGGCUCCCUGGAGUACUGGGGCGAUGUGGAGAGGCUCCCGUCGCUCGUCCGGAGCAUGCAUGCCACGAGGGCCAUGAAGGUGAAGUACGGCCAGUCCUCAACGGCGAAAACGUACGACCUCGAGAAGGAGCAGGUGGCCAAGUACCAUUUGGCAUGGGUGAGUUAUGCCGCUACCUCCGGGAAGUAUACGAAUGCCACCUACUCCAAGGACCACCUGCCCGAGGAUGAGGACUUCGACGACAUCGAGGGGGUCUUGGCCACCCGGACCAUCCUAAUCAUCUGUUGGUACCAGAUCAUGGAGGACGGCUUUUGGGUGUGGGUGAUGACCAUUGAAGAGGUCUGA